AUGGCUGAUGACCCCUUCGGGAUGGCCGAUCAGUUAGCUGAGACCUUUGGGCAGAUCGGCAGAUUGCUGGCCGACGGGCUGCUGACUCUUCCGUCGUUCAACAUUCAGUUCGACGGCCCGCCUUUGCAGGAUGUCGACUUCGAGCAGGGGAAGUACAACUACUCCAAAGAAGAGCCAUGUGAAAUGACACCCGACCAGGUUGAGAGCCAAGCGGGUGGCAAGAUCAAGGUGUCCGCGACUGCUCUGAGCAGCAAGGAUUUGGCCAAUGAUUUCUUCGACCAGCAAACUCGUGCCAGUGUGAAGGGAGGAACAGGCCCCGCAAAGCGUUGUGAUACGGGCUGCUUCUGGCUGAGAGUGAGCGUGCGUCUGGAGGGCUGCCAAUCGUCGUUCUGCCUGGUGCUGAUGAUGAACACCGAAGGGUUUCACAAGCCCUGGUAUGUUGGUUCGCCAGACGGAAUCGGAGGUCAUGGAAAUUCCGUCAUCGUGACAUCGACUGAUGGGCAGAGGCGGCUCAGGGUUCUCAGGGCUGACGGUGGUCAGAACAGGUUCCGGCUGGAGCUCCUCUAG